AUGCCGGUCACCGUCGUUCUCGGUGCGCAAUGGGGCGAUGAAGGCAAGGGCAAGCUGAUUGACAUCCUCGCCCAGUCGGCCGACAUGGUCUGCAGGGCUGCUGGUGGCAACAACGCAGGCCAUACCAUCGUCGCCAACGGCGUCACCUACGACUUCCACAUCCUGCCGUCCGGCUUGAUCAACCCGUCCUGCAAGACCAACCUCAUCGGCGCGGGCUGUGUCGUUCAUAUCCCAAGCUUUUUCAAGGAGCUGAAGGCACUGGAAGACAAGGGGCUGCAGGGAGUGCGCGAUCGCAUCAAGAUCAGCCACCGUGCCACCGUCUGCUUCGACCUCCACGCCGUCGUCGAUGGCGUCGUCGAGGACCACCACAAGAAGAUCGAGGAGGGCAAGGGCAUGAUCGGCACCACUCGCAAAGGUAUCGGCCCCAGCUACGGCGGCAAGGUGACCAGAAAGGGUGUCAGUCUGUGGAUGUUGGUCAACGAGGAGCAACAGUGGGAGAAGAAGCUGAGGGAGUUGGAAGCGGAAUGCCGCAAACUCUACGGCGACGAUGCGCUGCAAGGCUACGACGUCGAGGACGAGGUCACGAGACUGCGUGGCUACCGUGAGGAACUGCGUAAGUACGUCGUCCACCAGGUGCCCCUGCUCGCCCAGGGACUGGGUCGGAUGGGGGUGGCCGAAAAAAUCCCAGAGGGUGAGGCUGCUCGGCAAGCCAACGUUUUAAUCGAAGGCGCCAAUGGCGCGCUUCUUGACAUCGACCACGGAACUUACCCCUUCGUGACGUCCAGCAACACCGGCCUCGGUGGUGUUCUUACCGGCCUUGCGGGCGUAGGUCCUCGGACUCUCACCGCCCCCGGUAGCAACGUCGUCGGUGUGGUGAAAGCGUACACGACGCGCGUCGGUUCUGGGCCUUUCCCGACAGAACUGUCGGCGGCCAUCUCCCCUGUCGAUGCGGACUACGGUGUCAAACUGCAAGAGAUCGGACGGGAGUUUGGCGUGACCACCGGCCGAAGACGGCGGUGUGGAUGGUUCGACCUGGUUUGCUUGAAGUACUCUGCGUUUUUGAACGAAUACACACAGUUGAAUCUGACGAAGCUCGACGUGCUCGACACCUUCGACGAGAUCAGAGUAGCGACGAGCUACAAGCUGGGCGGUGUCGUCAUGGACGACUUCCCCGUGGCCCCGGAGGAGUUUGAGAAGCUGGAAAUCACAUACAAGACCUUCCCUGGCUGGCAGACGAGUACCACGGGAUGCAAAUCCUUUGAGAGUUUACCGGACAAGGCUAAAGAGUACGUGGAGUAUAUUGAGCGCGAGCUCGGCAUCCCGAUCAAGUGGAUCGGCACAGGCCCUCGCCGAGAAGAUAUGAUUGUCAGGUAG